AAAAUGGAACCGGAAUAUUUUUUCAUAUAAACUUUGCCCAGCUUCAAAAUACUUCUCUUGGUCUUCUCCUUUUUUACAUUUUAACUUUCUAGUUAUCAUAAAAAAUUUAACAAUUGUAGUUAGAAAAAUACACAAACCAAAGAGACCCAAAAUAAUCAAAAUCAUCUCUGUUUUGAGAAACAGAAAAGCCAGAGAAUUCAAGAUAUUACCAGUGCAAUAUAUACAUAUCUGUAUAUAAGACACAUUCAAAAUGGCUAGCUUUUGUCUCUAAGUGAUCAAGUCCUUGAAGAUAUAUAUACAUAAAUAUAUAUAUAUACAAUGAAAAUGGAUGAGAUUUCGUCGAAGAUCGUUGUCAUCCGUGAUGCAUUUUUAGGCUUGUUGGAGGACAUAACAAGCCAGCAGGAACAGCAGCAGAUUGUGUUGGUAUGGAAGAAGACGAGAGCGCCAUUGCUGAUCAUAAUUGAUCCGGUGAUGAAGGUGUUAGUGGUAGUUUGCUUGGGCAUGUGUGUGAUGCUUUUCAUUGAAAAGGUUCAUAUGAGCUUUGCCUUGGUUUUCAUCAAGUUGUGGACGCCAAAACAGGAGAAAUAUUACAAAUGGGAGGCCAUGAAAGAGGAGGAUUUUGAGCUUGGGAAUUUGGCUUACCCCAUGGUUCUAGUACAGAUCCCAUUGUACAAUGAAAAAGAGGUUUAUCAGCUUUCGAUUGGAGCUGCUUGUGGGCUUUCAUGGCCAUCUGAUAGGAUCAUAAUUCAAGUGCUUGAUGAUUCAACAGAACCAGAAAUCAAGGAAAUGGUGGACGUAGAAUGUGAAAGAUGGUCAAGCAAAGGAAUAAACAUAAAAUAUGAGAUGAGAAACAACAGAGAUGGGUAUAAAGCUGGGGCUCUGAAGGAAGGCAUGAAGCACAGCUAUGUCCAACACUGUGACUAUGUUGCCAUAUUUGAUGCUGAUUUCCAGCCAGAACCUGACUUUCUCUCUCGAACCAUUCCUUUUCUCAUCCACAACCCGGAUUUAGCUCUAGUCCAAGCUCGCUGGAAAUUCGUAAAUGCCAAAGAAUGCUUAAUGACAAGGAUGCAAGAGAUGUCACUAAAUUACCAUUUUAAAGUGGAGCAAGUAGUGGGCUCUUCAACAUAUGCCUUCUUUGGUUUCAAUGGCACUGCUGGAGUAUGGAGAAUUUCAGCCAUCAAUGAGGCUGGAGGAUGGAACGACCGCACAACAGUUGAGGAUAUGGAUUUAGCUGUCCGAGCUACUCUCAAGGGCUGGAAGUUUUUAUAUCUUUCUGACAUCAAGGUGAAAAAUGAAUUGCCUAGCACUUUUAAUGCUUACCGUUAUCAGCAGCAUCGAUGGGCUUGUGGCCCUGCAAAUCUUUUCAAGAAGAUGUUCAUGGAGAUUGUAAGAAACAAGAAAGUUUCCCUGUUGAAGAAGUUUCAUCUGAUUUACAAUUUCUUCUUUGUUCGGAAGAUUAUAGCACAUAUUGUCACAUUUUUCUUUUAUUGUGUGGUACUACCUGCAACUGCUUUGGUUCCUGAAGUUGAAGUUCCCAAGUGGGGCUCUCUAUAUAUCCCUUCUAUCAUUACUCUCCUCAUUGCAGUUGGAACUCUUAGAUCAAUCCAUUUGUCGAUAUUUUGGAUGCUUUUUGAGAAUGUCAUGUCCUUGCACCGGGCUAAAGCAGUUUUAAUAGGUCUACUAGAGAUAGGAAGAGUAAAUGAAUGGGUUGUGACAGAGAAAUUGGGAGAUGCUUCUCUCAAGACAAAUGCAGGUGCAGAAGCUUCUAGGGUACCUAAUAAGAGGAAUGUAGGAGAAAGAUUGAAUUUGCUUGAGCUCAUUGUUGGGGGCUACAUCUUCUUCUGUGGAUGCUAUGAUCUUGCCUUUGGGAAGAGCCACUACUUCAUAUUCCUUUUCCUCCAAUCCAUUGCCUUCUUCGUAGCCGGGUUUGGAUAUGUCGGCAAAUUUGUUCCAGACGUUUUGCCAUAGUUCAGUAGGAAAAAAGGUGAGAAAAUAGGAAGAUGAUAUGAUAGGAUGAAACUAAAAUAUAUUUCAUUUCCUUUUAUUGGUAUAUGAUGGAAAAAGAAAACGAAAAGAUGCAGAAUUUCAAUUGCAAAAUUAUUAUCCUAACCGUUGGUAUCAUUUACAAAUAAUCGUUUUUGCUACAAAUUUAGGAAGUUGCAUUUACACGCCACAAAAGGUUCCAUCUAUUCCAUUUUGACUUGUUCAGUUGACAAAACUAUUCUAGCUUGAAGCAAUCUAUUUGAAUAUCGGUUGGCCAAUUUAGUUAAAAAUCAAAAAGAAAAAUGAAAAAAUCAAUUAAACUGUAAUUGAUAUUUACCCAAAAUCGAUUAAACUGUAAUUGAUAUUUUCCCUACUUUACAUUUAUUAUUUCUUUUAAAUGCUUUUUUUUUUACUUAAAAAUGGAUUCCACAAAAUAAAUUACCAAAUUUCCAAAAUGAUUUCAAUGUUUAUAAUA